GGAGAGACACAGCAGGUCCACCACCCACCGUCGUCAAGGCAACAACGCGAAGUCAAACUAUCAAGAAACAGCAAGUGGAGCAACGAUGACUAAAGCCAUCCUGUUGGUGCUGCUGGUGCUGGUGGCAGUGUGCUCCACCCAGGGGAAGCCAGAGCAGAAAAACAUCCCCAAAAGGGGCAAGAGGAUUCCUCAGACGCUCUCCAGAGGAUGGGGUGAUCAGCUGAUCUGGGCCCAGACCUAUGAGGAGGCGCUGUACUGGUCCAGGUGGAGGAACAAGCCUCUGCUGGUCAUCUUCCACCUGGAGGACUGCCCCCACAGCGCCCUGAUGAAGAAGGCUUUCGCAGAUGACAAGGAAGUGCAGAAAAUCUUGGAUGAGGACUUUAUUGUCCUGAAUCUUAUGUAUGAAACCACGGACAAACAUCUCUCCCCUGACGGACAGUAUGUCCCAAGGUUCCUGUUCGUCGAUCCCUCCAUGACCGUGAGGGCUGACAUCACUGGUCGCUACUCCAACCGCAUGUAUGCCUACGAGCCUGUCGACAUGAAGAUCUUAUUGGAAAGCAUGGCCAAGGCCAAGAAGCUGCUCAAGACCGAAUUAUAGGAUGUGACAAAUUGAUCCAGCGAGGAUAAUUUGGUGUUCAUUCCUCUUGCUGUCACUAGAGUUUACAUUGGUCAAUUAAGCACUGUUUUUUUUUUUCCUUAACUGUCACUUGAAGGUUAUCUGCAUUGGACCUGCUCAAUAACUCAUAAGUAUAUGUUGUCCAAAGAAUGUCUGUGCUGUGGCCUACAACCAUGUAUUUUUAAUAAACAAAAGUGUUUCAAACUA